UGUUCUUUCCUCUGAUGCCAGUUCUUACCAUUUUCGCAUUUGGAGAAGGUAUUCUUUCGCGCGAGGGGCUGCAAAGUGACAGGAAGCAACAGAAACUGGCUUCCUGCUUGGCUCGGUGAUAGUGAGGGAGAGUUGUCAACGGAUACUGGCUUUGGAGAGAUACAGUACAGUAAGAGAAAAAAACCGCGGCGGAGAGCAAGGCAGCAGUUCAUUUACCACACCUGUGAUGCGUUGUUCUGAGCAACGAAGACGCACGAGCGGGAUACUGAUGGCCACGGUACGGCAGGAGUAUAUGAAUUGAGGAAAAAGAAAGACUUGGGCGUUGUGAACAAGGCGUUAAGUGCUACAGAGGACACUCUCCGGACCUUAACAAGCCCAGUGUGCCGGCGUUUCUUUCUUUCUGCCUUUUGAAACUUAGGUGAUAAUAAAAACACGAAGAUGCCCUUACUUCUGGGCCCCUUUGUCCGCGCUACGCUCCUCGUGCUCUGGCUCACUGGCUUCACCUGCACUGGUUCUGAGCACGCCACAGCAACACUUCCUGCAGCCUUCUCGGACCUGUUACCUCACUUCCUGGUGGAGCCGGAGGACGAAUUCAUCGUGAAGAACAAACCGGUGACGCUGACCUGCCGCUCCACCCCAGCCACGCAGAUCUACUUUAAGUGCAACGGCGAGUGGGUUCACCAGGACGACCACAUGAUUGAGCGGAUUGUUGACCCUGCCACAGCGCUGCCAAUCAUGCAGGUGACGAUUGACAUUACCAGACAGCAGGUGGAGAAGAUCUUUGGUCUGGAUGAGUACUGGUGUCAGUGUGUCGCCUGGAGCACCACCGGAACCCAAAAGAGCCAAAAGGCGUACAUCAGGAUUGCUUACCUGAGAAAGAACUUUGAGGAGGAGCCGCAGGGUAAAGAGGUGGCAUUGGACCAGGAGGUGUUACUGCGCUGCCAUCCCCCUGAGGGAGUGCCACAAGCCGAGGUGGAGUGGCAGAGAAAUGAUGAUGUGAUCAACCCUGCGAGCGACCCCAAUUUUUUUAUCACAACUGACCAUAAUCUCGUCAUCAAAAAAGCCCGGCUGGCGGACACGGGCAACUACACGUGUGUGGCCAAAAACAUCGUUGCUCGCCGCAAAAGCACCUCUGCUACGGUCCUAGUCUAUGUGGAUGGAGGCUGGAGCGAGUGGAGCAAGUGGUCGGCGUGUGGUUCAGACUGCUCGAUGUGGAGGAGCAGGGAGUGCACCCAGCCCUCACCUGGCACCGGGGGCAAAGACUGCCAGGGGCUCGACCUCCAGUCUCUCAACUGUACGAGCGAGCAGUGCCCACAGACCGUGAGCGGGGCCGAGGAUGUGGCGCUCUACGUGGGCAUGGUGGCAGUGGCCCUGUGUCUGACUCUACUGCUCAUCGUGGUAGUCCUGGUCUACCGACGCAAGAAGGAGGGCCUGGACGCCGACGUGGCGGACUCCUCCAUCCUCACCACUGGCUUCCAGCCCAUGGGCAUCAAGCCCAGCAAGCCAGGUGUGUGGGCACCGCGGCCACGCAGGCCUCCCCCCCACAGCAAGAAUUCGCAUUUGCUCACCAUCCAGCCUGAUCUAACCACCACCACCACCAGUUACCAAGGCACCCUGCGCUCCCGCCAUGAUGCCGCUGGGAAGUUUUCAAUGACAAAUGGGCCUCUGCUGGACCCGCUUCCCAACGGCUCUCACACUCUGCACAACGGGAAGCUCAACUCGGACCCUGCUGAGUUUGUGAGCAGGCUGUCCACUCAGACAUACUUUAAAACGCUGCCCCGCGAUGUGGCGAACACCUCCUAUGGGACCUUCAACUUCCUGGGAGGAAGGCUGACGAUCCCCAACACAGGAAUCAGUCUGCUCAUUCCUCCCGAGGCCAUCCCCAGAGGAAAGAUCUAUGAGAUUUAUCUCACUGUUCAGAGGAAGGAAGAUUUAAGGUUACCCCUGGCCGGCUGCCAGACUCUGCUUAGCCCCGUUGUGAGUUGUGGCCCUCCAGGGGUGGUCCUGAGCCGGCCAGUUAUCCUCAGCAUGGACCACUGCUCUGACGCAUGCCUCGAUAACUGGGCCGUCCGCCUCAAGAAGCAGAACUAUGAGGGCACUUGGGAGGACGUCCUGCUGAUGGGGGAGGAGCUGGUGUCGGAGCCCUAUUACUGCCAGCUCGAGGCCGAGACAUGCCGGCUUUUCUCGGAGCAGCUGGGCACCCUCGCCCUGGUGGGAGAGUCCCUGCACAUGGGCGCUGCCAAGCGCCUGAGACUGGUGCUCUUCUCUGACGCAUACUGCUCUACGCUAGAGUACAACAUCAGGGUCUACUGCAUGGACGACACACAAGACGUCUUUAAGGAGGUGAUGCAGAUGGAGCGGCAGCUCGGGGGUCGGCUGAUUGACGAGCCUCACGUCCUGCUUUUCAAAGACAGCUACCACAACCUGCGCCUGUCCAUCCAUGACAUGCCCCAGGCGCACUGGAGGAGCAAGCUGCUAGCCGGCUACCAGGAGAUCCCAUUCUAUCACAUCUGGAACGGUUCCCAACGGUACCUGCACUGCACGUUCACUCUGGAGCGGCUCAGCCUAAGCACCUGCGAGCUCACCUGCCAGCUGUGCGUGUGGCAGGUGGAGGGGGAGGGACAGAGCUUUAGCCUCGACUUUAACAUUGCCAAGGACACCCGAGCUGUGGACUCUGAGUUUCUCUUAAUGGACAGUAACGCCACAGCUCUGGCAGGGCCCAGCGCCUUUCAGAUCCCGUACCUCAUCAGGCAGAAGAUCUGCAGCAGCCUGGAUGCCCCCUGUCCCAACGGAGCCGACUGGAGAAUGCUAGCACAAAGACUUAAACUUGAGAGACACAUGAGUUUCUUUGCAUCCAAAGCGAGCCCAACCUCUGUGAUCCUGGACCUGUGGGAGGCACAACAUUUCCACAGCGGUAACAUCAACCAGCUGGCCACGGUCAUGGCUGACAUUGGCAAACAAGAAGCCAUGAUAUUCCUGGUCUCUGAUGGCGAGUGCUAACCCAGAAACGGGGGAAGAGACUGGUGCGGAGGAAAAAAGAAGUACAGAACACAACAACAAAAACACACAAAAACAACAAUUACAGCAGCAGGAGUCGAACAGCAGAUCUGUCCCCACGUCCCUCUUCUUCACUUUAGAAGUUAGAAAAGGGUUUCUGUAGGAUCGGGUCCCUAAAUCCCAUGGAACACAGUAAAAAUCCUUAAACGUAAGACCAAAUGAGAGUUGGGGUGUGUGGGGAAAUGUAUUAAUGAACUCGGUAAAGAAAAUACCCUUUAUUUUCCAUCAAGUUUAAUUAGCCCACACCCCACUUUAAAGAUAGCAUUAAAUUAACUUCAUGCCUUUUAUAUAAACAGGCCAUCUGUGGCUAAUGAGCAAUAUGCAAACGUAAUGCUAUUACUGAUGGCCAAUAUUGCAAAUUAAAUCAUUUUUGAGCUUGGAUUCAGAACUAGAUAUUGAAUAAAAGAGACAAAAGGUGCCAGCCAUUUCAGGUUCACGAUAACAGGCGACAUAUGCAAUUGGCAGAUUCGUUACAUGACAUCAUCUUUCAUCAAGGUCAUCAGGGUCUGUGAACGUCUCCUCCCGAGCCCAGUGAUACCCUAUAGGUGCACGUCUCAUAUGUGUCGUUAUCUGUUUCCUAAAACACAGACAGACAGCUUGUAGCACAUCCUGGACUUGCAGGUUUUUAAAAUAGAUUGUAUGUCAGAGGCCCAAAAACCGAUCUCAUCUUGUUUGUGUUUUAGCUCAGCUGGUAUCACUACUGUGAAUGUAACAUCUUGACAUCUUGAUUCAGCGAGACGCUUCGCAGCUUCCCUGCUUCCCUGCUUCUAAAUCAAUAUAUGUGGGGUUUGGGUUCUUUGAACUUUUUUUGAAGGAGGAGUGAGUAAUAUCUUCACUAAAGUCAUAUUUCAGAAGCCAUUUCUAUUCAAAGCCUGUGAUUUUGAUCCGUGCAGUUUAUUUCACGUCUGGUAUUACCCCCAAUCAUUCAUUGUGCCGUUUUUCUGUUUCAAAUUCCACCGCUAAUGAAGGAGCCAUAGGGCCGAAAGGCGUUUCAGCUGCAUAUAUGUGAACACUGAAUGUCGUCAAAACUCAUUUCUGAAAUGACAUUUUCCCCCUGAUUACAUUAAUUCUGUAGCAGAGCAUAAAAGCAUGGCCAAAAGGGAUAUUAUCCCCUAUGAAUAAUGCAGAACACUCUCCCCACUGAAAAAAUAAAUAAAUCUGACAACAAAUUCUUCAAAAUCUUCACCAGAUAACUGGCAAUGAAAGGCUAGUUGUGCAGCUUUGUUUUUAUAAUUCAUAAAGCAAUGUUGGUGGGAAUUCUAUAUGUGCCGUGUGGCAAACAGUAUUUCCACAUCAAAGAAACGCCUGUCUCUCAGAGAAAGUUAAGAGCUGCUUAUUCAUAAUGUCACGUCUCUGCUCACAAAAGAUGCUUUGAAAGGAUUUUUUAGUUGUUGUUAUUUCCAGCCAGGAUGGCAAAAAUGAUCCAGCAGAAACAGACCAUAAAAUGCAACUACGCAUUUGCUUGUUAUAUUUUGCUACUUUGCAUUAAUUUAUACAGUUAUUAUAGAUUUUUAAAUCAAUGGAUUUGUCUGGUCUGGCAACAUAAGUACACAGAGUAUCUUUAAAGUCCACUGUUUCAGUAAUUAUGCUUUGGAAAAAGGUGUUAGCAAUCCCAGAUUAGCCAUAGUUCUCUCUCCGUCUGCCUCAGGGUUGCAUGUGAAGUUGUCUGUUAAAGUUCUAAAGAGAGCCCUUUUCAUUAAAUCCCUUCAAACAGCUAGCACAGCCCAUCCUACCAGCUCCCGUGGCUUCAACCUUUAACACUAACUGGAGCCUCUUUUAUGAUUGUCAGAUAUUUGGAAUGUAUAUUUACGUUUCCUUGUUGUAGGGAAAAAAUGUCUCCUUUUUUAAGAAGUUGUUUUCGUGCGGCAUCUCGGCACCCGUUAGCUCUUUUUCAUCCUCUUAAACACGCCUCCUCUUGACCAACAAGUUUUUACAAGCCCCUGUACAAUUUGAUGCAGAGAUGCCAUAAAAUAAAACUUUACCCUUUUUUAUUAACUUAAAAAAAAACUGGGAUCAAGCCCCCUUUCGGACAAAAAAUGGCGAUAUCACCUUAAUCAAAUCUUUUCAUGUUGAAAUGGAUCAUUGUCACAUCUAAUAUGUAAAUACUUUUUCUAUACCAGCCGUGUGCUGUCACUUUGCAUACUGUAUAUCAGCAGAAUUGGUAACCAAAGUUUUAUGAAUAUCAGUUGAGGCCACUACAUCCUCAUAUUGUAUCCAUGGAAUAUUGUUUUAGCAUCAUUUUUACUUGCAGCUAGUAUAGAAUAAGUGUCUCUUCUAAACUUCGGACUUAAAAAGUCCUAAUCAUUUCUUUAUCUCAUUUCUUCGCUUUUGUCUUUGAGGCAAGUUGAUGCUGUUUGUUCAAGCGGUAAUAUGUGUCAGUUCAUCACUUUGUAAAGAAAUGUAAAUUAUAUUUUAAUAUAAAGCCAAAAAAAGACACUUACUGGCGCAGCAUUUGUCAAGUCUAAACCGUGACGUGUUUGCCUAUAUACUGUUCUUUGGCGAUCUAGCAGUGAAGACUUUUUGCAGUGUUAAGGGUUUAGAGACUGUUUUACAGGAAGUUUCUAUACAUAUUUUGUUUGUCCUUACUCUGCAUAUGUCUACCUGAUUAUUUCUAUAACUGUAAGCAUUUAAAUACAAGGUGGAAAUAGUCACUAAUGCUUAGUGAAUCAUUGCACUGGGACUGUGUGGAGGCUAAUUGGAGAAGGGGGACAUCAGUUCUUGGACACUGACAAGCCAGUGUUGACACAGCACGUUUAGAUGAGCCAUGGCAGUUGUACAGUCAGACUGUGUGUGUGAAAUUUUAUCACCCCCGUCAUUGUCUUGAUGUGUUGUCUAAGCACAUUUCAGUAAUGUAAUUCACCAGCCGCCAGGAUGCUCAGCAUCUAUCUUCACAUCUAACUUGUCCAACAAAUCUAACAAAUCUGCAAUUACUGCGUGUGUGAUGAAUACAGUUCCCUUCAUGACAAAGUCUGGGCCUGAUAGUUGUGUAAGACUCUUGUCGGUAUCACACACACACACACACACACACACACACACACACACACACACGCUUCAUUCAAGGGUUUAUAGGUUUAUCCCUGAGUUAUGGGGGAAAAUUGUUACAUCUCACAACCGUACUCUUAAGUGUCACGCAUUACUAUUCAGUGUCAAGGAUGUGUGCAUGCGUGUGUGUGUUUGUGUGUGUUUGUGUGCGUGUGUGUGUGUGCGUGUGCGUGUGUGUGUGUGUGUGUGUGUGUGUGUGUGUGUGUGAGAGACAGAGAGAGUAAGACGGGGUGUGUGCGUACCUCCCUGUCACUCUGACUGAAUGGUUUUCUUUUGAACCAAGAACAAUAGACUUCUGUACUUGUGAAUGGUUUUUCUAUUUAGUUCCUUGAUUCAAUGUUCCUUGCCUUUCUGCAAGUCAAAAAUGCUGUAUUUAUUACAUGCCACAGCGCUUAUGCAAUUGUAUAAUCCUUUUGGGUUUUUUUGUGGGUUUUUUGUUUUUGUUUAGUUUUUUUCAACCUUUUGUGUUCCUUAUCGUCAAUGUAAAUUGUUGUCAAAACUUUUGUGGCAAUGGAAAAACUUCUGCUAAAGGAGAUUUUCCGUACUUUUUGGACAAUGAUAUGGAUUUGUGGGUAGAAUUUUGGAAAUUCGUUUCUAAGUGCUUUCAAGUAUUUACUUGGCCUUAUGUAUAUAUAUCUAUCUAUGACAUUUCAGAAA